AUGUACAGCCUCGAGGGUAGAGUCAGGAGGCGUAGAAAACCCCUUGCUGCUGCUGUUUCUGCUGCUGCUGCUGCUGCUCUGCUGCUGCUCCUGGCCCCAUGCCCAUGCAUACUCCAACCCGUAGAAAGCGCUGCAGGUGAUCUUCUCCCCCACCAGCAGCAGCAGGACAUGCAGCAGCAGCAGCAGCAUGCGCAGCAGCAGCAGCAACGGAAGUAUGCAGAACUGCAGCAGGAGAAUGCACACCAGCAGCAGCAGGAUGUGCAGCAACAGGAGGAGCAGCAACGACAGCUGCAGCAGCAGCAUGAACACCAGCAGCAGGAGUAUGCAGAGCUGCAGCAGGAGGAAGUACAGCAGCAGCAGGAGCAUAGACAGGUGCAGCAGCAGGAGGACGAUGUACAGCUGCAGCCGUUGGAGCUGCAGCUGCUGCUGCAGCUGCUGCAGCAGCAGCAGCUGCAGCAUGAAGAGCAGCAGGACGACACAUCGUUUGCUGCAGCAGACGUUGAUGCUGCUGCUGCUGCAGGGGAGCGCCAGCUAGCUGAGCCUGGCCUUAGGUCCUUUCACUCAGAAGGAGAGAAGCAGACAAGUGCUGCUGCCCCCCGCAGCGGAGUAAUUACAAACGAAGAAGAGAGAAGAAAUAGAAGACGAAGACCCCAGUCAUCCCUUAGAUACAGAGGGGCGCAAGCAUCAACAGCAGCAGCAGCAGCAGCAAGAAACAGGGGCUCUUCUGUGCAGCCUACUCUACGCCGACCAGAGGUAUCAGCAGCAGCAACAGCAGCAGCAGAAGCAGCAAAAGCAACUCCAGCCGCAGCAACAACAGCAGCUGUUGCUGCACCAACGUUUCAAGGAGGAGCUUCACUGACACCGACGGCCUUCAAUGCAAACCCCGCAGCAGCAGCAGCAGCAGCGGCACCAGCAGCAACAGCAGCAACAGCAGCACCAGCAGCAGCAGCAGCAACGGAGGCUAAGGAGAAGAAUCUCUUCCUGGCUGAUGUUGCAGCAGAGGCCCCCGAAGUGCCGCUGCUGGAGCUGCUAAACAAAAUAGAAGGCAGCAAAAAUGAUAGUGUUGCUGCUGCUGUGGGGCGGGGAUCGCUUAGGGCGUAUGCAACACUGAAGCCUCUUCUGGAGAUUGCUGCUGCAGCGCAGCAGCAGCAGCAGCAGCAGCAGCUCGCUAAGACUACCCAAAUGAGGAAAGAAAGGCUAGAAAUGAUUCAGGAGACACAAAGAAGAAGAGCAGCAGCAGCACUGAAGCAGCAGCAGCAAAUGGCGCUGCAGCGGGAACGAGCCAGAGCGACACAAAAAGAGAGACAGAGACAAGCAGCACAAGCAAGAAGAGAAGCAGCAAAACAUAACGGGGAGAUAAGAGGAGAAGGCUCAGCAGGAAAUUACCUGUGCUUUUGCGCCCUGAAGAGUGGGUUUGACUGGGGCGAGCGCUGGGCGUCUUUGAAGGAAGGAGAGAAAGAGAGAGCGGCUCGGGUCUGGCAGCAGCAGCAGCAGCAGAUGGAGCUACAGCUGCAGCAGCUGCAGCAGCACCGAGAGCGGCAGGCUGCAAGAGAAGCAGCAGCUGCUGAGGCACCUUUCUUCUUUCCUGAAUGGUUGAUAGGCAGCAGCAGCAGCAACAGCAGCAGCAGCAGCAGCAGCAGCAGCAGCUAUGCACAAGAGGUCAGCAGCGUGGCUCCCCCACCAUCAAAGGAGCAGGAAGUGCUGCUAACAGCGGAGCAGCAAACACUACACUUCAAGUGGAAGCAGCAACGCAAACAAAAUACUGAUGCUGCUGAAGCUGCUGCUGCUCUUUAG